AUGGCCUGGCUGCAACAGAGAUAUAUACUUUCUUCUUCUCUCAUUUUCUCUUUUCUUUCUUUCUUCUUUACACAGUUCAGCUUCAAACACAGUCUGGAUGCAACAGAGAUAUAUACUUUCUUCUUCUCUCUUGAUUUCUCUUUUCUUUCUUCAAACACAGGCUGUAUUCUCAGCAUGCAAACCGUCCCUUCAUCACCUCUUUCACUUCUUCAUCUUUUCCCUCCCUUCAUCACUUCCUUUCACUUCUUCAUCGUUGCCCUCCCUUCAUCACCUCCUUUCACUUCUUCAUCUUUGCCCUCCCUUCAUCACCUCCUUUCACUUCUUCAUCUUUUCCCUCCCUUCAUCACCUCCUUUCACCUCUUCAUCUUUGCUGGCAUCCUCCUCUUCCUCAAUGUCCUCCUAGAGAAUAUCAUCCUCUGUGCCAUCCAUAGCAUUUGUAAUGCAGCACUUUUUAAAGCCCUUAAUGAUGAUGGCUGGGUCAACAGCCUCCCAGGCUUCUUUGAUCCACCCAGCAAUGACCACUAUGUUCACUUUCUUGCAACAGUUCAGUUUCCAAACCCGACUCACUGCAACAGGGAUGUACACUUUCUUCCCCUCUUUGGUUUUCUUCUUUCUUUCCUUCUUCUUCUUUACACAAUUCAGCUUAUAACAGAGGUAUACACUUUCUUCUCUGGUUUUCCUUUUUCUUUCUUUACACAAUUCAAUUUGUAA